AUGAAGCUUGGUUCUUGGUGGGCAUUCAUAGGAGGCGUUGUAGCAUCUGAGACCCUAUGCCAAGACCACUCUGCUUCUUUCCCCCCUCACAAUUUCACAUUUCCUCCUAUUCUCAAAGCCUGUGCCAAGCUCCGAUCAGCCCCUCAAGUCCAAAUGGUCCACACCCAUCUCCUGAAAAUCGGGUUCUUCUCCGACGUCUACGCUGUCACCGCUCUCACGGACGCUUCCAUGAAGCUCAACCUCAUGGACGAUGCACUCAAGGUGUUCGACGAAAUGCCUCACCGAAACUUGGCUCCUGUAAACACUGUGAUUUCCGGGUUGUUGCAUAAUGGACAUUGCAUAGAGGCUUUAAAGGUGUGCAAGAGCGUUGGUUUUGGAGGGCUCGGGUUGAAUUCAGUUACUAUAGCUAGUGUGUUUUCGGCGUGUGACAAUGCGAAGCAGGGGAUGGGAAUGGAUUGCGUGGCGGUGAAGCUCGGGGUUGAGAGUGAUGUUUAUGUUGCUACCUCAGCUGUGAGUAUGUAUUGGAGCUGUGGGGAGUUGGUUUCUGCUGCAAAGUUGUUUGAACAUAUGCCUGUCAAGAAUGUGGUGAGUUAUAAUGCUUUUAUAACAGGGCUUUUGCAGAAUGGGGUUCCAAGGGUGGUGUUGGAUGUGUUUAAGAAAAUGAGAGCAUGUAGAGGUGAAAAUUCGAAUUCACUGACAUUGGUUUCGGUUCUUUCUGCUUGUGCUAGUGUUUUGUAUCUCUGA